CAGUGUUCUGGGAAAAACCUAUGGGAAUGAGUGUUUGCUGCAUAAAGAAGCCUGCAGAAAGAGACGUCGCACUGGACUGGCUCACAGAGGACCCUGUCUGGUCCCCAAGGCUAAAUGCACAGAGGAGGAGUUAAGCCAGUUUCCAUAUCGUCUCCUGGACUGGUUUCUGCUCCUGAGUCGUAUGGGGGAGUCCUAUGCACCUGCUGCCCCGCCCCAAAGCUGCCUCAGCCACACCAAGAGGACACAACUAGCACAGCAAAGAUUUAGCAUACUGGACAAGAACAAUGAUGGCAAGUUGAGCCGCAAGGACCUGAAGAAGCUGCGUUACAAGAGGAUGCCACUGGAGCACUGCGCUACACCUUUUUUUCUGUCAUGUGACCGUAACAGGAACAGGAAGGUGACCCUGCGAGAGUGGACGACCUGUCUGGUGGAUCGCUCUGAGAUCUGGUUCUUCCAUUACAUGUCAAUAAGAAUGGGCUCCAGAGAGCUGUGCCCUAAAAUCAAAGAGAACUACCUUUGA